AUGAGCUCGCAGCGCUAUCAACGGGUGAAUGCCCACGAUGAGGAAGACAACUCACAUUCAUACCCGUUGAAUCCUACUCGAUCUGAUCUUACUCCAACUUCUCCACCUCCGUCGUUCCGUUCCGGCUCCCGGUCAUCCUCACCGUCCUCACGGCGGCUACUUCAUGGCGACCCACUCCGCAAUGAUGAUGACCAGACCCUGGCCGAUGCUUUUGGGGAUGAAGAUGAAUCCGACGAUGACGAGGAGCCCGACGAUAGGCAGCGGUUGAUGCGUGCCAAUCCGGAUACUGGAUCACCUGCCAGCUACGGGCAAGUGGCGUCGUCAGCCUCUUCGUCGGAUGCCAGAAAUGAUAGACAAGAGGAGCCUCGUGCUUCACCACUCCCGCGCCGACCAACUAUACUGCCUACAUUUACGACUCCCGCGCCCGGGGGAAGUCGAUCGGUCGCCCCAUCGAAUGAUGGAGUGUUUGCCAAUCUGGCCGCCAAGCCAGAACGAGGCGAGAAGAACGAGGAUCUGCCUCCUUCUUACGAAGAAGCAGCGGCCGAUGCGACACCCCCAUACUGGGAGACCACGAUCGUAGCGCCCGGCAUCUCGUCCGAUGAAGUGUAUGUCGAUGGAUUGCCCGUCGGAUCCGUGUUCUCCUUUGUGUGGAACGCCAUGAUAUCCAUGUCGUUCCAGCUCGUUGGUUUCUUGUUGACGUACCUCCUGCAUACCACCCACGCCGCAAAGAACGGCAGUCGAGCGGGUCUCGGCCUUACCCUUGUUCAAUACGGUUUCUACAUGAAAGGCGGCAGCGAUACCUCGGGUGGCGAUAGUGGCAGCGAUCAAUACGUCCCGCCUCCAGAUCCCAACAGUCACAGCUUUGAUCCAAACUCCGUCGGCGAGGGUUCCGGCGGCGAUGGUGGCAAUGCUUUGUCGGGCAUCACUACGAGCGAGUGGAUAUCAUACGUUCUUAUGAUUGUCGGAUGGUUCAUCUUGAUUCGCGCCGUCAGCGACUUCCUCCGCGCACGGCGUCACGAGCAGCUCGUGUUGCAGAGUCCCGAUCGAGGAUUGGGCGUGCCGGUCAUCGCGGAGGGAGAACGGUCCGAGACCGUGGUUUAA